AUGGGUGUUGGUAGAGCAUUGAAGUCGCAUAAGUUGAUGCAGCAUUUUAUUGGUAUGUAUCAUAUUUCCGAGAAAGUAGGUGAUGUAGCUUAUCAGGUUACGUUGCCGCCGUCACUUGCCAAUCUCAAUGAUGUAUUUCACGUGUCUCAAUUGAGGAGAUACAUUGUAGAUCCUUCGCAUGAUGUCCAAUUAGAUAAUGUUGAGGUUAUAGAUAAUUUAACCCUGGAGACAUUACCUAUACGGAUAGAAGAUAGAGAGGUGAAACAACUCUGUGGUAAAGAGAUCGCUUUGGUGAAAGUCGUUUGGGGAGGACCGACUGGUUGA